AUGCAAUACUUAUAAAUAUCAGAGGAAUAUAACUAUUUUGAUAAUGAUUCUUAAUCUUUUUAUAGAAAACCUUAUUAAGAAAGCGAAAAUUAGACAUGCAUUUCUACUAAACAGAUUCAUUCUUAUAAUAAAGUCUAAUAUGCUGAGGAGAAGGAACCUUUUUUUUAAGACAUAAAAGGGGUAAAAAGUUUUUAAUAGAAUACAUUUUUUGAAUAAAAAAAAAAUUCAAUAAAAUCAAUUGAUAAGAAAUCAAAAAUAUAUAAGCCAGGUGAAACUAAAAACAUCCCUAAAAAUGUUUUAGUUGGUUUAAUGAAAUUUAUUGAAACAAUAUUGGAAAAAAAAUAAAUAGAAAAUUAUUAUGAGUUUGUAGAUGAUUUAGAUUGGAAAAAUUUGAAAGAUAUUCCAAAAUCAUAACUUACUAAGAAUACAUUAAUAAGUUUCUUAUCAACAAAAAUUGGAAGAUUGUUUGGAAAGUAAUAUUUUGGACAAUGUCAUUGGGCAUCAAAUUUUCUAAAAUAAAAUAAGACUAAAACUUCACUUUAUUACAAACAUAACCUUUAAUAUUACAGAAUGAGUGCUUCAUAAUAAUAAGAAUAUAUUGAAGAGGAAGAAAUUUAGGAUUAUUCUUAAAAUGGAUUUGAUUAAUUUUUAUGA